GUCAACGUUAUACUAUAUAAACAUAUAUGUUUGCCUUUCAAAAUAAGUAAUUAACGUGAAUAGUGAAGCAAAAGAUAUGUAUUACAAUUUUGCCCGAUAUACAUUCAGCUCUGUAUGCGAUUGUGCCUUGCGCAUUAAGUCGUGUCACCGCAGAUCUUUACUACAAACACGUUAACUAGUGUCGCUUACUCAAUCUAUCGAUGGACCAUCCACAUGACGUUUAAACAGCGGGAAUGCGCAGUCUCGCAGAACCGAGCAGAUCGUCACACAGUACUUCGAGUCCAAAAUGGCGCUAUGUUUACGUCUCUGCAUAAUCGUUUUUUAUCCCUAGCAAGUCUCAUGGAGAGGUUUGGCGAAUUUAUUCCCCGGAAAAGAUAAUUUCACCUAACAUUAACUACAACAACACUGGUUCACGACAAACUGGAAUACGAUCUGUGAAUAUAAAGUUCAUCCGCAGUAAGGAUGCAGACCGAGGCCACAGACUCCUCACUGAGAGAGGGCAUAGAGACUCUGGAUGUGAAGGACACAGAAAAACCUGCAGCAGGCAAAGAGGAGGUGGGCAACACAGAGAAACAAGACACUGCGAUGACAGCUACUACAGAGGAGGAGGACACUGCAACCAAGGAUGAAGAAGAUGGAGACACGGAUGCAGUAGGAGGAGAGGCACACAAGGAUGAACCCCAGGCAGACACAGGGGUGGAUGGUGAAGAGGGAAAGCAGGCUGCCGAAGUGGACGGUGAAUGGGAGCUUGCAUACAGCGACGAGGAAAUGGAGGACCCCAAAAACUGGAUGCCUCCUCCUGCUGAGAUCAAAAGACUCUAUGAGCUCCUCGCUAAAGGAGAGAUGCUAGAAUUGAACUUUGUGCCCCUUCCUAGGAGGCCCCCUACACCUGAACGUACCCCGUCACCUGAAAGAGAUGACGAGGAAGAGGCGGCGAAGGAAAGGGAGAGGGAGGAGAGAGAGCGCAAGCCUCCAACUCCAACUGAGUUUGACUUUGAUGAGGAGCAAAUGCAAGCCACUCCGAAAAAUGCCUUUAUCAACAGACGCAGAACACCAGGAUCUUCAGCCCGCUCCUCUGUGAAAAGGGAAGCUCGGCUGGACAAAGUGCUGUCAGACAUGAAGCGCCACCGCAAAAUUGAGGAGCACAUCAUGCGUACAGGCCGAGAUCUCUUCAAGAGUGACAAGAAGUUGGAGGAAGCCCUGUCUCCCAACAGCCAGAAGGAGCGGGAGAAGGAGAGGGAACGGGACAGCAACCCCAACACCAUCUUCUCCCCGAGACAGAGGAGAUACUGAAGUAUUAAGAGAGAUGAGGACUUGCCCAGAGACAGACAAGGACAAUAGCUUUCCAAGACUUUCUCAAAACUUGAAUUUUUUAAUGUAACAAGUUUUGUAUGUUUUUUAUGUGUGUUUUGUAUGAUGGCAAUAAACAUUUUAACCCUGGAGUAACCCUGUUGUACUCAGUAGGUAGUAAGGGUGAUUGAUCUAGAUAAAAAUCCUCUAAGAUCCUCACUAUAUAUUGUGAUUUACCAAAGAUUGUGAAACUUCAUGGAUGAAAUAACAGGGAUGUAUUUUUGGCAAAUGUGGUGAAUUAAAUACUUAAAAAUGAAGGUAUAACAUCACAUUCGUACAACAAUUUUAUAAUAUUGCCAUAAAGCAGUCCUUCUCAUUAAUGUUAAUUACCCACAAUGGCUAGGUACACCCAGGGAUAUCAAAGGGAUUCCUAUCAAACUAUAAAUGGUAUGGUAAAAUCUCCUACUCUAGACAACAUUUGUCUCAGUGUAUAUUGUCACCAUGCCAAGUGUGCAGGUAUGGUGUUAGGAUGAAAUUUAGUCCUAGCUGACUGGAU